AUGUCUACCGCGUUUGAGAAAUCGAAAAACUUUCGGAUUGACGCGCUCCUGGCGCAUGACGCAGGGCAAAUGAUGGAGAGGGAUUGCCUUUCUCCGGGACUGUGUCACAGCAGGGGCUCCGAAGAUAGUCCAGAGUCACCCUCUCCUCAUCUAAACUUUGCAAACAGCUCUUUAACCCAGAUAUCCAAGCCUCAUCUUUUCAACCUGUCUCAGUCAGGAUUCGCCACCAUGCAUCAAGUAGGUAUCAUAGGAAUGCAGGCGGAAUCCGUGUAUCCUCUGACUGGCCUCGGUCAGCACCCUGCCUUGAUGUAUCCAGCCUUUGCACAGCUGGUUCAGCCUCAUCGGGAGCACACCAAGGGUGGAAACGUGGCCGCAAUGCUUCCAAUGGAUCCGUGGAUCAGAGGCGCAAUGGUGAUGCCCAGAUUUGGAGAGUAUGGAGAACCAGGUCAGUCAGCCUUACUGGGGAAGUGUCGAAGGCCCAGGACAGCGUUUACCAGUCAGCAGCUCCUGGAACUUGAAAAUCAGUUCAAGCUCAACAAGUACCUGUCCAGACCCAAACGCUUCGAGGUGGCCACCUCACUCAUGCUGACGGAGACUCAGGUGAAGAUCUGGUUCCAGAACAGACGUAUGAAGUGGAAGAGGACUCGUAGAGCAAAGGAACAAGUCUCUGCAACAUCUUUGACUGACAGUAUGAUGGACGUGGAGAGUCUUAAACAUAGUAUCUGUCUUAAUUCCGGCCUGGAAGUGGAAAACGGGAGAGAAGUGGGGGAUGAGUUUGGAGUCGAGGAAAUGAAACAGUUGAACAAAGCAUCUUUAGGCUCAGUCAGCUUCACAAGAUACAAAGGGAGGGGGGCAAGGAGCUACAGUUCUUACUGUAAGGAAGAGAUAAAAGAGAGGAGUUGA